UUUCCCUCGUCUUCCUCGAACGACGCGUCAUGACGCUUCGAAUGCGUCUUGCGAGGUUUUUAGUGCUUUCUGGUCUUUUCUUUGGGUUUGCUAGCGCGGAAUGGGUGGAUCCUGCCGUUUUGGACGCGUGCCCGGGUUAUAGUGCCACAAAUAUCUCCAUCUCGGGAACGAAGUUGACAGCAGGGCUCGUUCUGGCUGGUACGGCUUGUAAUGUCUUUGGAAAUGAUUCACAGACAUUGAGUUUGGAGGUCACAUAUGAGACGACGUCUCGCAUUCAUGUUAAGAUCACCGACCCGAACACCGUUCGCUACGAGGUUCCCGAAUCCGUCCUUCCUCGCCCUUCAGCCAACGACUCCGUCUCGCUCUCCGACGCUCAGAUUAAGUUCAAUUACACUGAGUCUCCAUUUUCGUUCGCCAUCUAUCGCACAAGCACCGAAGAGGUUUUGUUCUCUACGGCUUCUCAUCCCAUCAUCUUCGAGCCACAAUACCUCCGGCUGAAAACCUCCCUCCCACUUUCCGCAAACAUCUAUGGUCUAGGCGAACAUACUGAUUCAUUCCGUCUCGACCCCACCAACACGACGCGUACAUUCUGGUCGCGCGAUGCGUAUGGUGUUCCAACAGACACGAAUCUCUAUGGCAAUCAUCCCAUCUACUUCGAACACCGUACCACGGGAACGCACGGCGUCUUCCUCCUGAAUUCGAACGGCAUGGACAUCAAGAUCGUGGAAGAUGAGGACAGUGGGUCGUUAGAAUAUAACGUGAUCGGAGGAGUGUUGGAUUUGUACUUCUUGGCGGGGAGUGAAAGCGAUCCAACGGAGGUGGCGAGGCAGUAUGCGGAGGUUGUGGGGACGCCGGCGGAAGUGCCGUAUUGGAGCUUUGGGCUGCAUCAGUGUCGGUUUGGGUAUCAGAACUUCGUGGAUGUGGCGGAUGUGAUUACGAACUAUUCGGCAGCUGGGAUCCCUCUGGAGACGAUGUGGACCGACAUUGACUAUAUGUAUAAGCGCCGUAUCUUCACGAACGACCCGGACUACUUCCCUACUGACAAAAUGCGAGAGAUUAUUUCUUACCUGCAUGACCACGACCAAAAAUUCAUCUUGAUGACAGACCCGGCCGUCGGAUAUCUACCUGGCGAUGACUAUGGACCAUACGAUCGUGGCACGGAGAUGGAUGUGUGGAUCAAGGCGCCGAAUGGAAGUGCGAGCUUGGGACUUGUAUGGCCUGGUGUGACUGUAUAUCCUGACUGGUUCCACCCGAAUAUUUCUGACUACUGGACGAAUGAGUUCGCAAUGUUUUACAAUCCCGAUACCGGUCUUGACAUCGACGGAGCCUGGAUAGACAUGAAUGAACCAUCCAGUUUCUGCACCUACCCAUGCGACGACCCCUUCGAACAGGCCCGCGAACAAGACCUUCCCCCAAACCGCACAACCGCCGCUCCAGACCCCAGUACUCCUAUCUUUGACGACUACACUAGCAAUGUGACGCUAAAGAGACGAGACUUUCCGAUCCCGAGCCAUGACGGCGAGGACGUGUUGAUUCCUCCCUACGCGAUUGACAAUGCUGCGGUGACGUUGAGCAACAAGACCGGUUAUACUGAUGCGAGCCAUGCGAAUGGGCUGCUUGAGUAUGAUACACACAACAUCUACGGAACGAUGAUGUCCACGGCCACUCACGAAGCCAUGCUCGCGCGCCGACCCGGCCUUCGUACUCUCGUUAUCACUCGCUCAACUUUCGCAGGUGCUGGGACGAAGGUUGGGAAAUGGCUGGGGGAUAAUUUCAGUGAUUGGGAUCAUUAUAGGAAUUCGAUUGCUGGGAUUCUUGGAUUUGCGAGUGUGUAUCAGAUUCCGGAAGUUGGAGCUGAUGUUUGUGGUUAUGCGGAGAAUACUACGGAGACACUCUGUGCACGAUGGGCCACACUCGGCGGGUUCUAUCCGUUUUUCCGAAACCACAACGCAGACACAUCAAUCAGUCAGGAGUUCUACCGUUGGCCUCUGACGACCGCUGCGGCGAAGAACGUUCUCGACAUACGCUACCGCCUUCUGGACUACAUCUACACCGCGAUGCACACCGCCUCUGUCGUCGGAACCCCUAUUCUCCACCCCCUCUUCUUCAAAUACCCGUCCGACUCUUCCACAUACCCUAUCGACCUCCAAUUCUUCUUCGGCGACUCCCUCCUCGUCUCUCCUGUAACCGAAGAGAACUCGACCUCCGUAACCAUCUACCUCCCCUCCGAUACCUUCUACAACUUCACGACCUUCGAACCCAUCGUCGGCAAUGCUUCAAACAUAACACUCACCGACAUCGGAUUCGACCAGAUUCCUGUGUUCAUCAAGGGUGGUGCGAUUUUGCCAUUGAGGGAAAUGUCAGCGAUGUUGACGAGUGAAGUGAGAGCGAUCGAUUUCGAGUUUGUCGUAGCGCCGAGUACGACGACUUCAGCGGGGAAUAGGACGGCGGUGGGAAGUCUAUACGUCGACGAUGGGGAGAGUAUCAGCCCGAACGCGACGACGACGGUGAAUAUGACGUAUGGAAAUAAUAAGCUCAGCGUCGUGGGCGACUUCGGGUACGAUGUCGGGGUCAAGGUCGCGAGGGUACUCGUGCUCGGGGUGGAAGCGAAGCCGGGGACUGUGUCGGUUGCGUUGAGUGGAGGAAGCUCAAAUACGACGGAGUGGAGUUGGGAUAAGGAUAAGAUGGUGCUGAAUGUUACUCUUGGUUUCGCGUUAGACACAGGCUUCGAGGUGGAGUUCGACUAAUAAUCCGUAGUUUCUCGGGCUUCGAACAUUUUUUUUAUCCGUGUAGCCGUUGUAAGUAGUAGGGCUUGCACGGACUUGCACGGAUGGCCCAUGAAACGAGGACCUUCCCAUAUACGUAUAGCCGUAGCGCGAACGUCGGCAGCUUCGCAGACGGGGCGACGCUUGAUUUUGAGUCACUCAUUUAAAACCUCACGACUAGCGUCGCUAGUCAUUACUGCCGCAUCGCGCAGCACCCACCACUCGUUCCUGUCACAUAGAACCGCCGGCACGCAACCACAAUGCGUCUCCCAAUCUUUCCCCGUCAACGGCUCAACAGUCACGUUACCAACACCGCCGACCUCACAGCACGCGACGUCGCCCAGUCCGUCGCUGUCGCUGCCAUCCCGCUCACCGUCCUCCAAACGACCACAACGCCCAACGGGUUCACUUCCCCCGCCCGUGGCUGGAACUCCUUCGGUAACCAAGCCAUCAAUCCCGCUUUCACCCUCAAUCAAGCCAACGUCACAGCCCAAUGCGACGUCCUUUCCUCCACACUCGCCUCGGGGAACUAUACCUACUGUGGCCUUGAUUCAAAUUGGAGUGUAGGCAGCAACGGAGACGACAAUGGGAGGAUAAUACCCGACGGAGAGUUAUUCCCUGAUUUGGUGGGGUUGGCGGACCAUCUACAUUCGAAUGGACUCGAGCUGGGGGUUUAUGUGGUUCCGGGGGCGUUUGUGAAUGACGAGAACAAGACGAUUCUGGGGACGGAUGGGAUCACGAUUGGAAGUGUGUGUUUUGGAGGGAAUGGAUUGAGUAGGUGUGAUUUUGAUUAUGGGAUGGAUGGCGUCCAGGAGUGGCAUAACUCUGUCAUCGACCUCUUCUCAUCAUGGGGCGUCGACUUCAUCAAGCUGGACUACGUCACUCCAGGAUCGCCUUACAACAACGUCGGCCUCUCUGCCAACACCUCCGGCUCCGCCAUAGCCUACCAUAACGCUAUCACCCGCCCCGACCGUCCCAACCCUCGUCCCAUGCGCCUCGACCUUUCCUGGAAGCUCUCCCUCAAUGAAUCCUUCUACGACAUCUGGGCCAGCACAUCUGAUUCCCUUCGCACCGAUACCGACAUCAACAACUACGGAAUGGACCCACCUCAGCCCUUUAUCGCUUGGGCCACCGUACAACGGGCAAUCGAGAGGUACCGAAACUACGUUUCCACGAUCGUCAGGAGGAACCCCCAAAACACCGGAGGAACGGAGACGUUGACUAUCUACCCUGAUUUAGACUCGGCGUAUGUGGGGAAUGCGCAGUGGUUGACGGGAGUGACGGACGAGCAGAGGAGGAGUAUCAUGUCGCAUUGGAUCGGGGCGGCUUCGAACUUGAUUAUUGGAUCGGAUUUGACGCAGUUGGAUGGGCUGGGGAUUGGGCUGUUGACGGAUAAGGACGCGAUGGGCGUUGCGGAAUUUACGGCUCACUACCCUAUGCAACCGAGAAAUCCUGGCACCGGACUCGAUAGUUCGCAACAACUGCAGGCUUGGAUCGCGGGGCCUGCGACUGGGCCUUCGGGAGCUUCAGACGGGACGCAAUGGGCACAAGGAGAUGCGGUGGUGCUAUUAACGAAUUAUGGACCGGACGAAGGACAGGGGAAUUUCAAUACGACGUUGGGCGGCGAGCAGUAUGUUGCUGCUGCUUUUGCGGAUUUGGGAAUCAGUGGGAGUUUCCAGAUUAUGGAUGUGUGGAACAAGACGACGUGGGGGCCGGAGUCGCUGGGUGUGAACGCGACGCUUGGGGAGGGAGAGAGUAGGUUGUUAUGGUUGAGAAAAGUGGGUUCGUGAAGGGGUUCGAGGUAUGCUCUGAUUCUCCUUUGUGUUGCGUUUGGGGAUUCGUGAUUCGCGGAUGAAGUGGUUUUGAGGAUCGUUUUGAGGUUGUGUGGAUCGAUGGCUGACUCUGAUACUUAUAUCCAGUUGGCCGUCGAAGCGUUUCGUUCUUCUCCUCUUUCUCGUCGCUCUCGUCGUGCCUCGUCUCGUGACCUCCGUUCGUCCCAUAUCUCGAUUCCGCAUCGCAAAGUUAUCAUUCAUGUUCUCGUCUCCGUUCUCCACGGCUCGUCCCCCUAUCAAGACUGCUUGAUCCAUACUAUGCCCCUAGGCUCACUCACUCACUUACACAUUCACUCGUUCUCUUCAUGAUACAGAAUCUUCGAUAUCCCCGCCCACCCAUCCCGUUUGCAUCACUGUAACAUACACUCAUUGCCGCAUAUUUCCUCAUCUUCAUCUUUCACUUCUUUCGCAUCCGUGUCCUCUUCACCGUGCCACGCCCGUUCACACACGGACUCGUGUAACAUACAUAUCUCUCGCUCUUGCACUCUCACGUCUCUACUGCCCAUAAUCGCUCUCGCUCUCACUCCAGUCGCUCGUUUGCCAAUACUCGCUCCUUCAUCCGCUCAUUUCAUCUUCCUCGUCGUAGUAUCCUCGCUAUCCCUUAGAACGUACCACCCUUCUGCAUCAUUCCAUCGUGUAACUUACACAUUCACCUCGCAUAUACUUAGACCGUAAUAUGGAUUUAUACCC